CAGGGACAGGGAGCAGGUGGCACUCCGAGAAGAGCCCAGAGCAGCACUGCCAGAGCUGUAGGAGAGGGGCCAUGGAGCAGUACUUCUCAGCCACCCAGAAGAUGGAGCAGGAGGUGAUGUUCCCCAGCCUGCUCCGAGGGGUCUUCCCGCAGCAGGAGGGGGCAGCCCCAGACGCCAAGAGCCACACGGACCUCUACGAGCGCUACCAGCUCCUCAAGGCCAUCAAGCCCAUGGUGGAGAAAGGCCUGGCCUCUGUCAGUGACCAGAGCCCGACCGGUGCCGACACCGACAUGGACACAUCCUCGGACAGCAACGAGGCCGGGGACGCCCAGCUGGAGGAGCGCCUGUCCCACCACCUGAGUGGUUUGCAGCAGGUCCUCACCCACCUCACCAGGGACACCAACGCCCUGACCCGGAGGUACAGCCAGAUCCUGGAGCAGAUCAACCUCAGUGAGGGGCAGCCCAGCUGGUGACCCUGUGCUGGCCAGCAGGACAGGUGCUGGUGUCAGGAAGCAGAAGACGACCCCGUCGCUGAGCAGCGCAGGCUCUUCCCAGUCACGCUCGCACUCCCCACUCCGUGGCAGCUGAUCUGACCUCCCGGCACCGGCACUGGCCCUGACACCGGCCAUGGCUGUGACCACCGGAGAUCCAGAUGGUGCCGUAUCCUCAUAGGAAGAAGCAUCUGGCUGUGCCGGGAAGGCCAUUGGAAGAGCUGCAGGCUCGUGCCCUCCUCUUUAUUUUCAAAGAGUGGCACGAAGCUGGGGGUGUUUUGAGGUGGCCCCGACCUCCAACAGUCCCUUGAGACUGCCAAGCCCUUUUCCAGCUGGUACCUGGACUCCAAGGGCGCUUCCCCCCGUUUCUGCUAAUAAAAGAAACCCCGUGAA